AUGGCUUCUUUCGACUCUGAGUACAUGGCCGAUCCGCCGGCAGGCCAAGGCCGGUUUGACGCCGGCACGAUUACGACGGGCGCGUUGAUCCUGGGUGCCAUCCUGACAGCCAUUUCAAUCCUCUUCGUCAGCCUACGAGUGUUUACGAGGCUAUCACUUGUCAAGAGAUCACUUGGCCCCGAUGAUUGGUUUAUUGGUCUUUCACUUGCUCUGGCAAUUACCUUCUAUGGACUCUCCAUCCAGCGUGAGCACGCCAGCUUCCGCGCUUUCAUCGACAUCUAUCCUGACUUGCAGAUCGUCUACUCUCUCAGUGUCACGACCGCAAAAAUGUCUCUCCUCGUCCUCUACCUACGCCUCUCGCCCGAUCGUAUUUUCAGAAUAGUGGUCAUGAGCUUCAUCGCAUUUACCACUGCUUACGCGAUCGCGUAUCUGUUCUUAAUCAUCUUUAGCUGCCGGCCGGUCCAGGCGUCAUGGGACCUCACGGUCAGACCGGGCUCGACAUGCAUCAACAAGAACACAAUCUACCUUGUCCUUAGCGCAACCAACAUCGUCAUGGAUAUCGUCUGCCUUAUCCUCCCACUGAAGAUCAUCAUUCCUCUGCAGAUGGGAAAGCGUCAAAAGUGGUCACUGAUCGCACUUUUCGCUACAGGCGGCUUUGUGUGCAUCUGCGCAAUCCGACGAACGGUUCUUCUUCCACCUUUGUUUAGAAGCCACGACCACACAUUCGACAUCGAGAAACAGCUCAACUGGGCCUGCGUCGAAGUCAACGCCGGAAUCAUCUGCGCAUCUGUCCCGGCACUGAAGCCUUUCUUCAUGCGCUACCUACCGAUGUUUGUACAUUCCCACAUCACAGGCACCAGCAAGAAGUCGAAUCAGAACUACCAAAACUACCAAACGUCGAUGCCGUAUUCCACGACCGUGGAGAACAACAAGAAGCGCCGGAACGUCCAGUCAGAAGCGUACGAGUUGCAUUCACACGACGACCUAUCUCUGUCAUCAUCGAACGAAGUGCAGAAGAACACAUCCCACGAAGACGUUGCGAAGCUUUGGUCGGGAAACGCCUUCCGGACGGAUCGAACGAGUCAUCGGCGCACGAUCAUCGAGUCAAAGCCGACAAAUACGGACAACAACAGUGUUGAUAGCUUGGGAGGGAUACACCCGGUGGCCGAGAACAGCACAAACUCUCGAUCACAAUUAGAUCUCCCGCAGAGAGCGGCUAGCGUACAUGGUCUUGGGGGGAUCACGGUUACAACGGAGACCAGAGUUGUUUAUGAGCAAUCAUGA